AUGGGUCAAAUAGAAUCAUUGGAACGAAAAAUAUCCUUGGGAGAUGAUUUAAGACAAUUAAUCAAUGAUGAUAGAUUUUUUGACAUUACUUUAAAAUGUUCGGAUAAAACGAAUUUACCUGCAUGUAAAUCUAUUUUAGCAACUCGUUCCGACGUUUUCAACUCUCUUAUAUUUACCGAAUCAAGAAAUCAUAACGAUAAUGAACUUUCAUUUAGUAAUAUCAAUUCAGAUGCUAUGAAAGUAGUAAUAGAAUAUUUGUAUACGUCCGAUGUUGAAAAGCAAAGCUUAACUAUUAAUAAUAUUGUUGAA